AUGCCUGCAAAGAUCAACGUAUCGGCUGUGCCAUUCCGAUCUUCUCGUCUCGCAGUUCCUCCUUCACCUUCCUCUCCGGCAGAGCCUGUCACUCCCGCACCUCUCAAACGAACAUACUCUGCCACUGCCGAUAUAGACUUGAUUCAGUAUCUACCUCCUCCUACCAGACAGCCCAUGAAAUGGCUCUGGGCUUGUCAUAUCUGCCACCGUCAGUACAAUCUAUCUGUCACUCGCCGCUGUCUUGAUGAUGGCCAUUACUUCUGCGCGGGCACCUCUGUCGUCCGCUCUCGAAAAGACGGUACCAAAAGGCUUCGUCGUCACAAAGCUUGUUCGUCUGAAUUCGAUUAUGCUGGCUGGAAGGACUGGGGAGUGUGGAAACGCAAUCUCCUCACUUUGACCGAGCAACAAAGACAGCGCAACAGUCCCUGCGACAGUGUCUUCGAAGACGAUGACUCCGAGGAUGAAUUGGAAGAAACCACCACUGCAACUGUGGUUUCUCCCAUCACUGCUGGCGUCUCUGGCCACACUUCCUCCUGGCGCGUAGCCAAACCCGUCCGCCCAGUAAAAGACUGCUGGAACCGCUGCGACUACCCUUCCGAAUGCCGCUGGGGCAAACAAUUCGGCGUCGACACACCUCUGCAAUCUACAUUCCCUACUCUGGAUCGUGUGCCCAGUAUCCCCAACCCCAACACCAACUCUACAGACCUGGUAGAUGUGGAUAUGGAAGAUGCACCCCUGCUAUCACCNACCACUUCUGCACAGCCACCAAAAACACAUUUCAAGGAUAUUCUGACGGCGGAGCAACAACAGGUCGUCGCUGAAACUAUCGAUGGUGUUGACGUUGAAGAAAGUCCUCAUGUUCACGUUCCCACUCCUGCAUUGGCUGAUCUUGCAGGUUUGGUGUCUAGAGCUCAGCGCCGUCACUCGAGGUCUGAGAUCCCUGUUUCUCCUCUGGCAGGGUCAAGGCAGCAGAGACCUAGAGUCACGAGAAGCUCGUCAAGAGAGAGUUUGAGAAGGGCUGUUGAAGGUGGUAUUGGUGUGCUUGCGGGGAUUGUAGGGGGUUGGAGGAGUUAUUCCGCGCCUCCUGUGAAUAGAAGGAAGGAAGAGGAUGCAGCAGAAGAGGAUGUGGAUAUGGUGGAUGUGGAUUUGAGUGAUAGUGCAAGCGGAAGCGAAAGAGGGAGAGGGAGAAGGAAGAGUUUGGGAUGA